GAAAGGCUUGGCAAGGUCACUUAAUUGUCGCAAAGGAAAAAGCCACAGAAGGCAUCACAUGGUAAUGGGGUAUCGGCCUGUCAACCUCUGCUUUCUCCUGCAAGUGCUCUGGUGUGCGAUGGUGGAGGCACAGGACUGGCAUGUGGACAUGCCCACUAAGACCAACGCUCUGUCCGGGUCCUGUGUGGUCAUCCCCUGCUCCUUCACCCAUCCGUCCUCCCACAAUCCAUCCGUCAUCAUCUGGUACAGCUACCACAGCACGAAGUACCCCGUGGUCUACAGUACAGACGCUGAGGCUGUUAUUAAGCCGUUCCGUGGUAGAACUGAGCUCAUUGGAGAUGUGAAGUCGGGAAACUGCAGUUUGAAAAUAAAUUAUGUUGUGCCAGACAUGAACGGAUACCAGCUUUACCCCUGGAUUAAUCCAGAUACAGUCAGUCACAAAUUCUAUUGGAAAACCGUUAUGUUGAAUGUCCAAGAGGUCCCAUCCACAGUAGACCUGUUUGUUGAGGGAGAACCCAAAGAGGGUGACACUCUUCGUAUUAUCUGUGCAGUAAAGCACACUUGCCCGUUCUUUCCACCAACACUUUCAUUUGGUGACACAAAUGGAAACGUCCAGAAUGAACAAACUGCCUUGGGCCAGGGCUACUGGCAAACAAUAAGCACCAUCUCCUUCCCUGCCCAAGUCAGUGACCAGGGAAGGGUAGUAGGCUGCUGGGUGAGCCACAUGAGAAGACCCACAGUCCCCAAGUGGAUGGAAAUUAACCUGAGCUAUGCCCCGAGAACAGUGCAUGUGUCCGGGGAGAACAGUAUGGCCCAGGCCGGGGGGAAAAUGACUUUGGAGUGCCGCAGCAAUGCCAGCCCCCCUGCCUCCUCAUUCCUGUGGUACCUUCAGAGAGAAGGCCCUGUGCUUGGGCUGACCACUCGUGAGAAGAGCAUCACCAUCACUGACCUGCCACCUGAUCAGAGCCGCUUCUACUGCACUGCACAGAACACACAUGGAGUGGCCAACUCAACCUCUCCCUUCAUCGUCACCGCGGAGUACCCACCGAGCAUCCAGCCCGAGUCCUGCUGCAUGAUCCAUCCUCCAGCGUUGCGGUGCUGGUGUAAGGUCCAAUCCCGGCCCAGCGCCUCCGUGGAGUGGAGGGUGGAUGGUGGAGAGCCUCACUCUGUCCUCACCGAUGUUAUGGCUGUCAGCGUACGGCAGAACCACACGUUUAGCGGGAAGAUCCGUUUUAACGGAACUUUCCGGAUCACAAAUGUUACCUGCAGGGCCUUCAACGCUCAUGGCCAACAGGAGCACACCCUGGUCAUGAAGGAGCUCCCGCUGGACGUUGCCAUCAUCCAGCAGCCUACCAAUAUUUUAGAGGGUCAGUAUAUCACGCUGUCCUGCGUCGUGUCCCGUGCUUUCCCUGCGGUGCUGUCCUACAGCUGGUACCAGCUCCGGGGGGACAGGGAUGUCCUGCUCAGUGAACAAUCAGAGAGGCUCCACCUGCUGGCCGCGGGCAGACUAAUGGGGCCCUACCGCUGCUCUGCCCUGAACGAGGUCGGCCAGAGCAGCUCUGCCAGCACGCUGAUUCAUGUGGACUUCACCCCAGUCAUCUCCCCAGAGUCCUUCUGUGCACUGAAAAAUGGUGAGGUGAAGUGCGAGUGUUUGGUUGACUCUUAUCCAGCGGCUGCCAUGGACUGGGUGGCAGCUGGUGUUCAGGCCAAGCAGACAGUUACUACUGAGUCCCAUGGGAGCAUGAAGUCUACUCUGACUGGGCGCUUAGGAAGCGCAGGAGACCGUGCGAUCUUCUGCUACGCUGCCAAUGAACACGGACGACGCCAUCUACAGCUGACGCUCACAGAUUCUUCUGCUUCCAAUGGCUCUUCGAUCGCAGCUGCAGUGUGUGGAGCUGUUAUCCUGGUGCUCGGGACUGUCACUGCUCUCUACUUCAUACAGAGGAAAAGAAAUUUGAUUGAGUGUUCUACGUUUCCAUGGAAACGGGAGGGACAGGGGGAACAAGUAUGACACACCUGUGGAAGUUGAGCUGGAGGAUACCCAGCUAUUCAGGACAAAUUGGUUCUGAUGACAGCCAGGCCAAAGAUAUGUCCUGAUUAUUUUUUAAUAGUACUUCACAGUCUUCCAUUGUGGUCUCCCUUUUCUUACUUAAGUGACCACUUGCACAUAUGUACACAUUAAGUUCAAGAUAGUUAAGUGAGUGCCAAUUUUUAAGUGUUAUGGUUAACAUGUCUAUUUGGUGCACUCUGUGAUCUGAAUAAAAAAGGACAUAAUUUUCAUCA